GAGGGUAUUUUUGUCAUUUAACCUACUCCUCCUAAUUGGAAUUGGGGCUACAGAGGUGGUCCCCCCUUUCUCGCCAGCGGACAGGGGGAAGCACACAAUUUUGCUUCUCGAUUUCUCAGUCUCCUCCAUAGCUGCUGUCUUCAAAUACCGAACUUUUAAUUCACUUCCUUCAACUUUCUCUGCCAUAUUCCUCAUUUGAUUGCACUUUCAUUUACUUUAUUUAUCCUAAUCCUUCGACUGUUUCGCUUUUCUGCAACAAGCCCAGGGAUGAAACUUCGGUUCUUUUGUCACAUUGCAUGAUUUGUUUAAGAGAACAGACCUGUCUUUUUAGGUUUUUCUUUUUAUGAGCCCUAGAACAUCCAUGGCCAAUCCCUUAAAGAAGCUAGCAUCGUGUGUUAUCCUUGAUCUAGAUGGUACACUACUCAAUACAGAUGGCAUAGUAGGUGAUAUUUUAAGAGGUUUCUUAAGUAAAUAUGGAAAACAGUGGGACGGAAGAGAAGCUCAUAAAAUAGUUGGAAAAACACCAAAAGAAGCUGCAGUCGUUAUUGUGGAAGAGUAUGGGCUCCCAUGUCUAGCAGAUGAGUUUGCUGCAGAAGUUUACCCAUUGUUUUCUUCUCAGAAUAUAAUUCCAAAAGGAUGGAAUGAUCAAAUUGUAAUGUUUGAGUUUUCCAACUUAAGAUUCCUGGAAGCUGCUAAAAGACUAAAAAAGGAACCUUCAAGUUGUCUAGUAAUUGAAGAUUCUAUUCCAGGUGUUACUGCUGGUAAAGCUGCUGGGAUGGAAGUAGUUGCUGUACCUUCAAUUCCAAAACAAACUCACCUUUAUGAAUCAGCUGAUGAUAUACUCAACUCUCUGCUUGAUUUGCAACCUGAAAAGUGGGGCUUACCUCCAUUUAAAGAUUGGAUAGAGUGUACUUUGCCAAUAGAACCUUGGUAUAUUGGGGGUCCAGUUGUUAAAGGAUUUGGCCGUGGCUCCAAGGUACUUGGGAUCCCUACAGCUAAUUUAUCGACGUCUAAUUAUGCAUCUCUCCUGAGUGAACAUGUAUCCGGAGUAUAUUUUGGUUGGGCUGGAUUAUCAUCACGGGGUGUUUUUAAGAUGGUUAUGAGUAUUGGUUGGAAUCCAUACUUCAACAACACUGAAAAGACUAUAGAGCCAUGGCUACUCCAUGAAUUUGAGGAGGAUUUCUAUGGCGAGGAGCUAAAUCUUGUAAUAGUUGGCUAUAUCCGACCUGAGGCUAAUUUCCCAUCCCUUGAGAGCUUGAUAACCAAGAUUCACGAGGAUAGAAGAAUUGCUGAAAGAGCCCUUGAUCUGCCAUUGUACUCCAAAUACAAGGAUGAUCCAUAUCUACUGAGAUGUUCGGAUAGUAAUUGUAAUCAUUUGUGAGAUUAGUUUUCGAGUCUUUAGAGACUUUUACCAGACACUCUC